AUGCCUUCGCCUGACUUGGAUUUGGAUGCGUCCCCUAUCCCCCGUUCGCGGGAGGAAAACCAGGAACGUGCUUUCAUCGCGGCGUCCCGGCGCAAAGACCGCAGCCUCGAUGCCAGGUUGGAAUCAGCGAAUCGUGCCUCCAUGCUACACAAGAAGCGUACUGGGAAGAGCCUGCAUAUCACCAAGAAUAUCGUUGAGAAAGAGGCCAUGUACGAAGAGGUCGAUGAGCGGUACCAAGAGAAGCGCAUUCGCAUGCUGCAGGCGCAGAACAUGCAGAUCGAGGAACAGCUCAACCGCCAGCUCUUGACUGCGCUGGCUGUUCGUAACCAUCGGGGCUCGACGUCGUCGGCCUCAUCAGCUACGACCAAUUCUGUGAAUUCGGUGUCUCCUAAGCCUCUUGCUUCGCACCAGCACCUGAGACGGGCGGCGAGCAUGGCGCCGCGAGCCUCGAUCGAUGGAGUGCGCAAGAUGAGUCUGGACUUGUCGAGUGUACGCUCGUCUGUUUCGGAGGGGAUGCAGACGGGAGCAUUGAACAGUCCUAUGAUCAUGGAGAACAGCUAUACGAUGUCGCCUGGUUACGAAUCUAUUGCGUCUCCGCAGCACACCCAGCCUGAUUGGUAUUCUCAGGUGCCCGCGUAUGUCCAGCAGACGCAGUGGCCACAACAAUGGGCGGGAUUCCAACCCCAGCAAGAGCAGCCGCACGUCAUGCAGGACUAUGUCUCUCAACAACUGCCAAUGAACCUUGCUGCGACACGGCCGUUCAGAGAUCGAUUUGCAUCUGCUCCAGAGAUUCCAGUACACGGCGUGCCUACGGAUGCUUUCUCGUUGGUGUCUACCGCUUCUGCUCCGGCGCCAGUGCAGCAAGAGCAGUCACUGCAGCACUCACAGCAUAGCCGUGUGCAAUCCGAACCGGACAUGUCGAUGGUGAUGAUGAUGCAAAACCUCCAGCAACGGCAAGCGCAAUCACAGCACUCGAUUUCCAAACCCGCAUCGCCUAAAACACAACCCACACCAGAUGCCUACUCGUCGCCCAGCACACCACCGCAGUCGCCCAAGACGACCAGUGUGGGAGCGAUGGGAGUACCACAACCCAACGUCGAGACGCUGGGCAAAAACGACGAGGGAAUUUUAUUUUCGCAAGAACUGGACCCAGACUUUGAUGAGUUCAGUCAGUUUGCAUUGGGGCUGGGAACUACCACGGAACUAUCGGAGCGGGAGCCAUUCGGGUUUGAUGACUUUGUAACCCUGGAUGAUUUUACAGCUGCUGCAUAG